AUGCAAGAACAGUUCUACAAAACUUUAAAAUUGGCCCUCUCAACCAAACCUUUUGCCCCGUCGUUGUCGUACGGUCUACCCUCGGCAUUCUCUCCCUCGCCCGCUCUGGGGUGGUGUGGGCCUUGUUCAACAACACGGCCCGUUUGUUUGAAGCAGUUUUCUUUCCCUCUGCUUCUUGUCUACAUCAUGGAGUACAGUUUUGGUUAUUUUUGA